AUGAGUGGUCUGGGUCCACAAAGCGUGUGGGCGGCGCAGAAGAGACUCGAAUCUUGGGCUCGUGCAGCGAGGGAGAGGACGUCCAGUGCGAGUAGUGGACAAAGUCACAACUCCACGGAUAGCUAUGGAGAUGACAAGUCACACGGAAGUCCAAGUGAAAUGCUGAUACCGAAAGAGCACUGCCGCGUUCAGCCCUUGAGUGAAACACGGACAGCUACGUCACUUCCGCACGCGAGACUCGCCCGAACACCUUCCAUUUCUUCCCAGAGCAGCCUUGACAGUGGCACUUCGAGAGCUACUAGCCAUAGAGGGUCGUCCCCAGCGAUACGCACCUUUGCCCCUGAUGGGCGUACUCUAGAAGCAGGUAUUAGCGCUCCACGAUCCCCUUCACCCCUGAGAGCUGCCUCCCUGGAUGUCCGAGCUGCCCCAUUGGCACAUGGAUCUUUAGCUUCGCUUGCUGACUCACAAGCACCGCCGAGCCCAAGACACAUUGUACCCCCUCGAUGUUUAUCCCCACUGCUUAUGCCCCCCAGGCGGAUAGAUCGUAGCAACUCCUUGGUGGAAAGCAGCAGUGGGGUAGGACCUCUGAGCCCGGGUGGUGGAGCAACGAUCAGCUCCUUGGGUGCCCUACAGCCCGACCUAUACACGAAGAGAGAGGCCCCCUUGGUGAUAGACUUGGAAGGCCUCGGGCCGUCACUGGGCAGAAUCCAUUUAAGAUUGAAGUACGAUUUUGAUAGAUCUGAUUUGGAAGUUCAUCUUAUUGAAGCCCACGAUUUAGCUGGCUACGAGGCUGGGGGCUUCAAUGACCCCUAUGUCCGAGUGAGCCUCAUGCCCGAGGUGGACACGAGAGUCCGCCAGACCCCAGUUCAUAGGAACGAAGCCAACCCCUUCUUCGAUCAGCACUUCAAGUUUCCAGUAUCGCAUGAUGAGCUCAGCGAUAAGACCUUGCUGCUUCAAGUGUUUGAUUAUGAUAGAUUUUCACGCAACGAAGUAAUGGGCUCCGCGAAGAUUCCUCUAUCGAAGGUAGAGGUCGCUGGCGGUGCCGAGGUGUGGGCGGAGCUCUCUCGCGAACGGCGCCCGCCUGAGGAGCUGCAAGAGUUAUUGCUUUCCUUAUCUUACCUGCCUUCUGCUGAGCGACUGACUGUCGUCGUGCUUAAGGCGCGUAACCUUCUACCACCCCAAGAAGGGAAGGAUGCAUUGGAUGUAUACGUAAAAGUAUACCUACUCGUCAACGGAAAACGUGUGAAAAAGAAGAAAACAAAUAGAAAAGAGAUAAACAACCCCGUGUGGAACGAGGCUCUAUCCUUUAGUCUCUCUUCCGCUAAUCUUCAAGAGGCCUCUAUUGAGAUAUGUGUGGUGACGGGCGGCAGCAACAACCUAGUCGUGGGCUGGUGUUGCGUGGGCGCAGCUGAGCCCGCAGCGGAGGGCCGCCAUUGGGCGCAGAUGGCUCAAGAGACGCGCAAAGCGGUGGCCAUGUGGCAUACCCUCAGAUAG